CUUGACUGAAAUCUGAUGAUGGAUAAACAGCACUCACAAAUUCAGGAGUUGACAGUCAGCACAGAAUGGUACUCAUGGGAAUAUGAUGUCUCAUCACCAACCCUACCUGAGUUGUGUGAAAAGGAGGCCAUCCGUGUUGUGGCACAUAUCUACCUCCCAGUCAUGGCCAUCCUGUUCUGUGUGCUGGGUGUCCUUGGCAAUGGGAUUCUGUUGCUGGUUCGUCUCCGUUACCAUACAGUUCAAUCCCUCGGCAAUGUUCUCCUCUUACAGCUUGCUACCUCCGACUUGCUGCUGCUCCUGACACUGCCAGUGGGUGUGGCUGGGAUGCUGGGCAGCUGGCACCUGGACAAUGCCACAUGCCAGGCCCUACAAGGCCUCCAUGCCCUCAACUUCUACAGCAGCUUCCUGUUCCUCAUGGGCCUCACCAUGGAUCGCUAUGUAGCCAUUGUGAGGGCACCGGUUGCCCACCGCCUACGUCCUGCUGCCAGCUGCUGGGGCAGGCUGACCUCAGGAUUGAUGUGGUUGCUCUCUGCUGCUCUAGCACUGCCUCACUUCAUGUAUGCUCGUGUUGAGGACUAUGAAGGUUUCCAACUCUGCAGGGUGGCAGUUGUCACAGCUGCUGUUAGACUGAUACAAGUAGGCGUUGGCUUUGUGCUACCGUUUGCAGUGAUGGUAGCAUGCUAUGCAGCAAUCACCUGCACCCUUCUAUCCUCCCCUUGUGCCCAGUCACACAAGGCUUUGCGGUUGAUCUUGGCCCUGGUCUUGCUCUUCUUGGCUCUGCAACUGCCCUAUGCUCUACUCACCUUACUGGACACAGCUGAUUUGAUGGGCCAACAGGCAUCAACCUGCAGAGUAACCUUACACCGGGACCUGGCCCUCCUCAUCACCAGUAGCUUGGCCUUUGCUCGCUGCUGCCUAAACCCAGUGCUUCACACCUUCCUAGGUGUGCGUUUCCGUAGGGACCUGCGGUCGUUGAGCAGGGAUUUUGGCUGCCUGGGGCACUGGGUAUGCUGUGGUGAAAAGGCCAGGAGUAACAACCGGCAAGCAUCACUCACCACCCACCUGGAAGGAAUAUCAGGAGCACCAUGA